GUGGCCCGAGCCGCCGCGCCGCCUGGAGUCCUUCGACCCCUGUCUCAGCACCUGAGGCGAGCGGCGAAGCAGCCCGCGCCGCCCAUGCAGGCGGAGUGGCUCGACACCGAUCGUUGGGCCACCGCUUUCGCAGGCCAGUGGGAGCGGGCCGAGCACAACAACGCACUGGAGGGCAGGGGCGCGCUGGCGGUGCUGCGCCACCUGGCCCGGAGCAGUCGCUCGCGGGCUCGUCGCGCCCUGGUCUUCACGGACUCGCUGGCGGUGGUCGGCGCCCUCGGCAAGGGCAGGGCAUCUUCGCACCAGCUGCUGCGAUAG